AUGGAAGGUCCUGCGGACCGGGAGCUCGGUGGCGCUUGGGAGAACAUAUGCAAUCGUAAACCUCCGAGGCCAGUUUGUGUUCUGAAUGGCAAGUCUACUUGUCGACCAGCACCGUCCUGGCUUGGACAAUUCAAGGCCAUCUCAGCCACCGAUUCUCCGCUCGUUGUCGUAGAAACUCGGAUUGGAAAGCGCAGUGCAAUUGAUCAAUCAUUAAGUUAUACUCCUCGUAAUGAGAGAAAGUUCCGAGAGCAAAAGCGCACUCUGGCGUUUUUACUGAGCGUAUGUGCUGGACAUAAUCAACUGAUGUCCGGUGCCAAAUUGAAUGAAAUCUCCACAUUGUCACUGGCGGCAGCAUCAAUCAACAUUCGAACGCCAUGUGGAAUCGCCUAUUGA